AUGAGGUUGCUCUCAAGAGUUUGGCACCAGACACCCUGGCCUCGCUCGACAGCAGUGGCGCCACGCCUUGACACAACCGCCCUCAUCGAGGAGGAGAACUCGCCUGACUAUCACCCCGACAGAUUCAUGCCCGUUCAUCUGGGCCAGAUCGUCAACAGCCGAUAUCAGGUGGCUAACAAACUUGGGCAUGGUGCCAACUCCACUGUAUGGCUAGCCAGGGAUCUUCAUCGUUGGCGAUGGUCCGUCGAACGUUACGUUGCUCUCAAAGUCAACGCUACCGGCACGCGUUCCGGCUUGCUGAGCCCGGAAAAUGAGGUUGAUGUCAUGAAGCACAUCGGCGCCGCCAAUCCCAAGCACGGUGGAUGGCAUUUCGUGCGGAAACUCGCAGAUUCGUUUACACAAGACAGCCACGUGUGCUUGGUCUCGGAAGCCUUGCGUGAGCCUCUUUGGCUGUACAGAAAACGAUACGUUGGCCAGGUUAUCCCUCCAGACAUUCUCAAGAUCCUUUUGCAGAUGAUCUUGAAGGCGCUGGACUAUUUGCAUUCCGAAUGUCAUGUUAUCCACACUGACCUCAAACCCGGUAAUAUCAUGGUGAGGGUUGAGGAUCCGGAUAUAUUUCAGCAAUCUGCGAAAGAUGAAUUCGAGAACCCACUACCGCAGAAACAUCUGGAUGAUCGAGUGAUCUACCUGGCGCGGAACAAUUAUGGGCCUCUCGAGCGACCAACGGGGAGUAUACAAUUGGUAGACUUUGAUCUGGCAAGGAGAAGCAAGCCAGGGGAACUACUCAAGGGCGCCAUCCAAAGCGAAGUUUAUCGGGCCCCUGAGGUUAUCCUCAACUCAGGCUACACUUAUUCCACUGACAUCUGGAGUCUUGGCGUUUUGUUAUGGGAUCUCCUUCAGAUCCAGCCUUUGUUCCGGCCCAUGAACCCCCAGAAUCCGGAAGAAUACAGUGAGGCUGUUCAUCUGGGUCAAAUUACAGCACUGCUGGGCCACGCCCCUCCGACCCUCGUCUCUCAAGGCGACAGAUCAAACAUGUUCUACCAGCCGGACGGGACCCUGCGGAAAGAAACCCAUGUACCUCUUGAUUUCUCCUUUGAAAAAGCAAUCACAUGCAUGGAGGGAGAGGAGAAGCGCAGGUUUAUCUGUUUUGUGAAGAGAAUGCUGACGUGGGUGCCGGGCGAGAGAAGCACAGCCAAAGAGUUACUGGACGACCCUUGGUUAUACGAAGAUUUCAGUUCAUGA